GAUAAUAAUCCAUACAGCUCUCCUCCGUCCAGCCAGACAAUUCACACCACCCCAAUCACGCGCUCUCCCAAACCUCUUCACGAUGCCAAACCACAAACAAGACCGCCCGGACGACGACCCCGACGUCGACCCCUUCCAUAUCCCCGCCUUCAAGCCCGAAGACAACACCGCCGGCACCUUCACCGAAGAAUCCUCCUUCAUCACGCUAUUCCCCAAAUACCGCGAAGUCUACCUCAAAGAAGCAUGGCCACUGAUUACGCGCACACUCGAGAAGCGCGGCAUCGCCUGCACGCUCGAUCUCGUCGAGGGCAGCAUGAGCGUCAAAACGACACGGAAAACAUGGGAUCCCGCCGCAAUCCUGAAUGCACGCGACCUGCUGAAGCUGUUGGCGAGAAGUGUGCCCGCACCAGAGGCAGUCAAGGUGUUGGAAGAUGGGAUCGCAUGCGACAUCAUCAAGAUCAAGAACACAGUCCGCAACCGGGAGAAAUUUGUGAAGCGACGACAGCGAAUCUUGGGCACGAACGGGUCGACGCUGAAGGCAUUGGAGCUUCUUACUGAAUGCUACAUCCUCGUGCAAGGAAGCACGGUCAGUGCGAUGGGACCGUACAAGGGCUUGCGCACGGUGCGGCGUGUUGUGCUGGACACGAUGGCGAAUAUACAUCCAAUCUAUGCGAUCAAAGAGCUCAUGAUCAAGCGCGAGCUGGAGAAAGACCCUGAACUCAAAAAUGAGAACUGGGAGCGUUUUCUCCCGCAAUUUAAGAAGAAAAGUCUAAGUAAGAGGCAGAAGCCGUUCAAGAUUACGGAUAAGAGCAAGAAAGUGUACACGCCAUUCCCGCCAGCACCGGAGAAGAGCAAGAUUGAUUUGCAGAUCGAGAGUGGUGAAUACUUCUUGGGCAAGGGCGAGAAGGAGCGGGCGGACAGAGAAAAGAGGGAAGAGAAGAUGCGCGAGAAGCAGGAGGCAAAGAAGAGGGAGCGACAGAAAGAAUUUGAGGUACCAAAGGAGGAUCUGCCCAAGAAGGAGAAGAAACGAAAGCGGGAUGAAGAUGGAGGCGAGAAGAAAAAGAAGAAGAAAAAGAAGGCCGAUGCGGAGUAGUAGGCACUCAUGUAAAAGUCAUUGCAUUAGCGAACGCAUCGGUGGUGUACUACGGCGUAUUACAUUUUACGGAGGCUCU